AUGUCGUUUACAGGGACACUAGACAAAUGCAAUGCGUGUGACAAGACUGUAUAUGUUAUGGAUUUGAUGACACUGGAAGGAAUGCCUUACCACAAGUCAUGCUUCAGGUGCAGCCAUUGCAAAGCUCAUUUUGAACAACUCUUCAAAGAAUCUGGAAACUUCAGCAAGAAUUUUCAGACAGGAAAGACUGAGAAAUCGAAUGAGAUGACGAGGCCUCCAAGCAAGUUAUCUUCAUUCUUUAGCGGAACACAAGACAAAUGUGCAGCUUGUAAGAAAACCGUUUAUCCUCUAGAGAAAAUGACUAUGGAAGGAGAAUCUUACCACAAGGCUUGCUUUAGAUGCGCACACAGUGGUUGCCCAUUAACACACUCUUCAUAUGCUGCUCUCAAUGGCAUCCUUUAUUGUAAGGUCCAUUUCAGUCAGCUUUUUCUCGAGAAAGGUAACUACAAUCAUGUCCUCCAAGCCGCUGCUAACCACCGACGUACACCUGAGGAAGACAAAACCCAACCAAACGAAAAUAAAAAAAAACCUACAGAAGAUGAAACUUCUGAUGCAGGUCCUGAAGCAGAUGAAGAACAUGAGUCAUAAGAUAAUUAAUCCAGGUCCUUUCUUUGUGAAAUGAAAGAACAAAAUAAACCCAUAAAAAAACAUAUUUUUUUUAGUAAU